CGUUUUCUAUUGAGGUAAAUUCGAGGUGGAAGACAUUGUGUUUGCGGAAUACCGCGGAUACAUGCCAUGGCCGGGCAGGCUCAUUAGGAAGGACGAGCAGAUUGCAGUCGUCAUGUUUAUUUGCACCAACGAUUGCAAGAAAAUUAGCUAUCGCAAGAUCUGGCCCUACGACGAUGAACAAAAGAAAAAAUAUGUCACCAAGGAAGCCCUGGACUACGAGGAUUUUCGCUUGGCAAUAUUAAUGACCGAGCGGCUCGUGGGCGGCAACGACACUGACAUUAUCAACUAUGUCUGGCAGGUGAUGCAUCCAGGCGCCGAAAAUACAUCACAGGCGGUGGCCCCGGCCCCGGCCCCGGCCACAGCUCCGGCCACGGCCACGGCCACGGCCCCAUCUACUGCUCCUUCCACCAGCGGAGCCGCCGCUGCCGUCGCCGCUCCAGCGACCACUCUGAGGGAAAUCGAACUGGCCUACAUGCGUAAGGUGCACCAUGAGGGCAGCUCCCUGCGGGUGGAGAGGCAGUUUGUGGGCGAAAUCAACAAGCUGAUCAAAUGCCUGACCAUCGGCUACAAGAACUACGACGAGGCGCUUGCGGCCUUCGAGCAGCUCCUCAAGAUGCCCGUCAGCAAGCUCCUGCUGCUGCGCAACGUCCAGGCCGUGGACUGCAUUCGCCUGCUGUGCCGCUUCGCAGCGAGUAUGGAGGCCGACACUGUCAACCGGGAUGCCGCCAUUAUGGUCAAGAGCCAGGCCAACAAGCUAAUGGCUGGCUUCAUCGCCUGCUUCGAGCUGCCGUACACCAAGGACGACUUCUGGUCCGAGUUCAUCCAUCUAUCCGAGGUCUACCUGCGCUACACCAUGGAAUUUAUGCCUCGCCAAGCUGGCGCUGCUGACAACAAAGGAACUCAAAGCGGCCAAUAAUCGAAUCUAAUCUCAAUAAACAUUGAACAUCGUAUAUACCCUGCUAUGUGGCAGACAACAUAAUCGCAUUGAA